CAUCCAAAUCCACCUCGCUGCGGAUUUGUUUUUUUCUUCCUUCUUCUUCUCCUCCUCUCCCCCAAAUGGCUGUGUUGUUCUUCGCCGUGGCCCUGCUGACCGCGGCGUGUCCCUCGGCGGCGUUCGACAUGGGUCAGUCCACCCGCUGCGUCACCAUCCCCAACCGGAUGAAGGUCUGCAAGGAUGUCGGCUACUCCGAGAUGCGGCUGCCCAACUUCCUGGGUCACAGCAACCUGGAGGUUGAGGUGGUGCCCCGUUCGGAGGACUGGAGGCCUCUGCUGCAGACCGGCUGCCACCCUCAGGCCCAGACCUUCCUCUGCUCCCUCAUCGCCCCCGUCUGCCUCGACACAUUCAUCCGACCGUGCCGCAGCCUGUGCGUGGCAGUGAGGGACAGCUGUGCCCCGGUGCUCGCCUGCCAGGGUCACCCGUGGCCCGCGGCUCUCGACUGUGACCGCUUUCCUGCCGAGGAAGACAUGUGCCUUUCUCCCCACGCAAAGUUGAACUACUUCACCAAAGGCGUACCCAAAGCCUCUUGCCAAAGCUGUCCGUCUGUUGAAGAGGCCCCUGCAGUGAAAACGGUGCUGGAUAGCUUUUGCCAGCAUGACUUCGCCGUGACCGCCAAACUCCACCGCCGCCGCAACCCCGCCGGAGAGCCCGAGUACGAGAUCGACGGCCGCGUGGAGUUCAUCCGCCAGGGGCCCCUCCUGCCCUACGACACGCAGCACCUCCUCCAGCAGUGGCUCCUCAUCAACCUCGGCUGCGCCAACGGCCUGGUGCGCCCCGGCAGGUCCCAGCUCUGCGUGCUGACCGGCUCGGUGCGGCACGACGGGACCCUCGCUCUCGCCCGCGUCUUCCCGUGGAACAAGAAGGACGCGAGCAUCGCGGUGGCCACGCGCAAGUGGAAGCACCACAGGUGCUGA